AUGUCAAAUUUAUCUACAGACGCGAAAGUAGGGGAGAGCGCGAAAAACAACACCGAAGAGAGCUCAACCAAUGUGGCUACAAAUGUACCAGAUACCACAAAUGAAGAAAAGAUGUGCCCUAUCUGCCACGAAACCAUAGAGACGUCAACUACAAUAUGGCCAUGCCGCCACGAAUACUGCUACACAUGCAUAAUCACAUUUUUCGCAAGCGUGGGGAGUUAUAGUGCAAAACACUGUCCUAUGUACCGCGGUAUCGUUGAGCUUCUCACCUACGAGAAGCUAAAAGACGGGGUACUGACUUGCGAACUUGAAUUUAUUGACACGAGAACUGCGAGCGAUAUGGUCUAUGGGAUAUCACUUACAGAGGAGGAAUCGAAAGCACGUUGGAACGACUUUGCCCGAAAGGAAAUCGAAGCCAUCAAAAGAAAGUUUUUACAGCAGUUGUUAAGCCAACCUAAAGUCAAAGUCUCUAUUCUGGAGGUAGCAGUGACGCAUUAUCUCGACAGCACUUUGCAAGGAGAUGCUGCGCAACCAGGGAUCAGAUACCAGCUGAAAUCAUCUGAUUGUCUGUAUCUGGAAGAAUUGCUUAGGAUACGUGGUGUUCCUGAGCGAGACAACUCAGACGAGGAAGGACGUGUCAGAAUAGUUUACCGGAGACUACAACACAUUAAGAUCAACCUCGCAUAUGGUUUUCCUAGAGCAGCUGACGCUAGAAGAGAUCUAUAG